UCUUUCUUGACCCAACCCUCAAAUUCCAAUUUUGAAAAGCUUUGAUAUUUCUUUCUCACUUCUCAUUAAAAAGCCUCCUUUUUUUGCCAAUUCAACUGUCUCUCCGUGUUCAACUCGCGUUCAAGCCAGCCACAGGUGACGAAUCCAACUUCUUCUUUUCUAGAGAGAGAAAUUCAAACAAAAUAGAGGAAGGGAUAAAAAGGUGAACAACGUGAGCGAGAGAGAGAGAUUCAUCCUCAAUUAUACAGUGAGAAUAUUAUAAUUAAUCGAAAAUACUAAAUUUUUUUGUUCAAUCUCAAAUUUUGAUUUAAGUUUUUAAUUACUUGACGGAAGUUAGGGUUUUUAGUAUUCUUCGCCUUUUAAUCUUCAAUUUUCAUCUUUGUUUCCUUCAAUUCUGGUGUUCAGCGAUCGAUUUGAUUUGAUUUGGUUUGAUUAUCGAAGUUUUUUUUAAGCAUCUCGAAUUUCUGAGAUUCUUGAGCAAAUUUGGACAAAAAACUGGAAAUUUUUCGAAUGAUGUUGACAUUAUUCGAUGCGUUGUAAAGUAAUAUGGCCUUGGAUUUCUAUUGCUUACAAAAUGUCGCUUUACAUCGGUCGCGAAGCUUCAAAGCUAUGGAAGAGAUUUUGUGCGGAGGUAUCUACAGAAAUUCAACUUCUCGCAGAAAAUUGGAAGUACAUUCUAGGAGGACUCGUUUUUCAGUAUAUACAUGGUUUGGCUGCCCGAGGCGUUCAUUAUAUACAUCGUCCUGGUCCAACACUUCAGGAUGCUGGCUUCUUCCUUCUUCCUGAGCUUGGACGAGACAAAGCUUACAUUAGUGAGACCGUUUUUACUUCCAUCUUUAUAUCAUUUGUCCUGUGGACUUUUCAUCCAUUCAUUUUCAAAAGUAAAAGGAUCUACACAGUUCUGGUGUGGUGCAGGGUCCUUGCUUUUCUAGUUGCGUCGCAGUUUCUUAGGAUCAUCACAUUUUAUUCUACACAGCUUCCUGGUCCAAACUACCAUUGUCGUGAGGGUUCAAAACUUGCUACUCUUCCCCCGCCACACAGUGCAUUUGAGGUCCUUUUGAUUAACUUUCCUCGAGGGGUUCUCUAUGGCUGUGGCGACCUCAUUUUUUCAUCGCAUAUGAUCUUUACACUUGUGUUCAUUAGGACAUAUCACAAAUAUGGCACUAAGAGGUGGAUUAAGCAAUUGGGUUGGCUACUUGCUGUGUUCCAAAGCUUAUUGAUUAUUGCUUCUCGCAAACAUUAUACAGUGGAUGUUGUUGUUGCGUGGUAUGCGGUCAAUCUGGUUGUUUUCUUUGUUGACAAGAACCUUCCUGAAAUUCCUGACCGGUCAAGUGUCGGUGCAUCUCUCUUGCUACCCGUGAGCAACAAAGACAAGGAUAGCUGGAACAAGGAGGAAAACCACAAGCUCUUGAAUGGGAACUCUGUGGAUCCCAUGGAUAGGAGGCAAAGAAAUGGAAUGAACGGCAAGAUUAUGGAAGAUGGACUUGCAGUUCACAGUCACAGUGAAAGUGCAAUUAAUGGCGCAUAAAUCUACCGAGAAAUUAACAAUUGCAUAUGGUCGACUCGAAUCUAUGCUUGGAGUUUCGAUGGAUGCUCGUCUGGAUAUAUAUCAUAUUUUCAAAUGGAAUGAAAUUUUGGUCACUGGUUUUAAGCAUUUGCCUCGUCUUGUAGAUUUUUGUUAUGUAUAAAAAUUUCAAUUCUCAAAAUAUUUCAGUUAGAUUAGUUAAAGAAAAUAUUUAGAAUC